AUGUCGGUCCAAAUCGCGCAAGUCACGGCGGAACACCACGAAUCGGGCUUUGCGCUGGACACCCCUUCGCCAAGGCUGUCAUGGCGAUUCAAGGAGACGGAAGCGGAGGACUGGGUGCAGAUGGGGUACGAGAUCCAGGUCAAGCGGGAGCAAGGGGAGGAGGUGUACAAGGUGGACUCGGCGCAGUCGGUGCUGGUCCCGUGGCCGUCUAGCCCAUUGUCGCCCCGGGAAAUCGUUGAGGUCCGCGUCCGCGCAAUAGGGGCCACCACCACGGACUGGUCGUCAAUCACCCUUGAGGCGUCCCUACUCGACUCUAAAUGGUCUGCGUCGAUGAUCACCGGUCCGACCGAGGACGCAAGCCAGCCGAAACACCCUUUCCGCUUACAGAAGCGCUUCACCCUCUCCACCGUCGGUCGGGCUCGGCUUUACGCAACCGCACUUGGCGUUUACGAGGUCGAGAUCAACGGUGGGCGGGUCGGCGAUCAGCUCCUCACUCCGGGCUGGACAUCUUACAAUUAUCACCUCAACUACCAGACGUACGACGUUGGGGGAUACCUACAGGAAGGGGAGAAUGUCAUCACGGCGCACGUCGCGGAGGGGUGGUAUGCGGGGAGGCUAGGCAAGGCGUACCGUAAUAUCUGGGGAGAUAGGCUGGGAUUCGUGGGCCAGCUGGAGGUGGAUAAAGAGGUCAUCGUCAGUGAUGACACCUGGUCCGUCCUCGCCAGCUACAUCCUCGAGGCCGAAAUCUACAAUGGCGAAGUUGUCGAUACCAACCCCGCGGAUGCCCAUGUCCUCAACGCCACUAUCCUCCCCUUUCCUACCGCCAAACUCAUCUCGUCCCACGCUCCACCGGUCCGUCGCGUCAUGGAGGUUGCUCCAGUGGCGAUGAUCACUACGCCAGAGGGCAAAAAGGUGCUGGACUUUGGGCAGAAUCUGGUGGGGUGGCUGCGGAUCAAUCGGGAUCUCGAGGGCGAUGGGGAUAUGCUGCUGCGUCAUGCCGAGGUGAUGGAGGAUGGAGAGCUGGGGGUGCGACCCCUGCGUACGGCGAUGGCGCGGGACAUCAUCAAGCUCGGAGGGCCGACCAAGGGCUGGGAGCCAAAGUUUACCUUUCACGGGUUUAGAUAUGCCGAGAUCACCUACAACGGCGACUUUACCCCUGACGACUUUACCGCCAUCGUCAUCUCCUCGGACAUGCGGCGCACCGGCCACUUCACUUGCUCGCACGAGAUGAUCAGCAAGCUGCACGAGAACGUCGUCUGGGGGAUGCGUGGCAACUUUGUCUCGGUACCGAUGGACUGUCCGCAGCGGGACGAGCGGCUCGGCUGGACGGGCGAUAUACAGGUCUUUGCACCUACGGCCAGCUUCCUCUUUGACACGCACUCCUUUCUCGCCGGCUGGCUCAAGGAUGUCGCCGCGGAGCAAAAGCAGUACGACGGCGUCCCACCCAUCUUUGUCCCCUGGACUCCACCUCCCAAAGACCUCGUCAACCCCCUCGGCGGACACAAGCCCAAGCCCCAUGGCGUAUGGGCGGACGUCGUCGCGCAUACCCCCUGGGAUCUGUACAUGGCGUAUGGAGACGUCCAGGUGCUGGAGGAGCAGUUCGAGAGCAUGGUCCUAUGGCUGGAGAAGGGAGUCCCGAGGGCGGAGAGUGGGCUGUGGAGCGGAGAGCAGGCGCAGUACGGGGACUGGCUCGAUCCCAAGGCGCCACCGCAGUUCCCCGCGCACGGUCGUACCGACUAUCUCCUCCCCGCCAACGCCUACCUCGUCUACACCACCGGUCUCGUCGCUCGGAUCGCCCGCCUGAUCGGUCGACAAGAAGCGGACAAGUACCAAGCGGAUCACGUCCGUCUGCGCGCACUCUUCCGGGACGAGUACAUCACCAAGAACGGGCGCGUCACUUCGGAUACCCAGACCGCCCUCACGCUCGCCUUGUGGUUUGAUCUCGUCGAUGAGGAUCAGCGCAAGCAUACCCUCGGUCGUCUAGAAUGGCUGGUCCAAUGGGACUACUUCAAGGUGUCGACGGGGUUUGCGGGGACGCCGCUGGUAUUGCCUAAUCUGGCGAGGCAUGGGGCGCUGCAUCUGGCGUAUAGGAUGUUGCAGGAGGCGGACAACCCGAGCUGGCUAUAUUCUAUUGGAAUGGGCGCUACAACAAUUUGGGAACGAUGGGACAGUAUGCUGCCUGAUGGGACGGUCAAUCCCGGUCAGAUGACUUCAUUCAACCAUUACGCUCUCGGGUCCGUCGCGGCCUUUAUGCAUCGGACCAUCGGCGGACUCGCCCCUCGCGACCCAGGCUGGAAGUCUGCCCUCAUCCAACCUCAGCCAGGCGGGACCGUUACGUCUGCUCAAACGUCGUUUGACUCCCCUUACGGACCCUAUGCCGUUUCGUGGGCAUUGAACGGCGAGGACAUGACGGUCAACAUCAGCGUACCGCCCAAUACGACAGCUCAGGUCAUGCUUCCAGGAGUGAACGAGAUGAUGGGCUCAGGCAAGAAGGUGUACUCGGUCAAGUGGGAGAAGGAUGCGAGAUGGCCGCCAAAGGGAAGGCCGGGACCGCAGAGUGUGCUCAUGCCUGAUAGAUUUGUAUCUUGA